UCGAGGUUGUUGUCAUUGAGUCACAGGCCUUGGUUGGCGUGUGUUGUAAGGAAGUACCAUCAGAAUGUGAAAUGUCUGGGAGGAAGGAGAUGCCCGCUCAGUCGGAUGUCCCUGCAGCAUGGAGAGGAACCUGCUCCUGGCGCUGCUGAUUUGUUUUCCAAAAGCCAGUCAAGGUAAACACCUGCUUCGCUUUUUGACCUUCUGCGACAGAGACGUGGAGGGAAACGGUCAGUACGAUAUUGAAUAUGACGGCGAUCAGCUCCUCUACGUCGACCCCUUCACCUAUACGGCAGUUCAACGCCUCCCGGAGUUUGCAGAGCAGUGGACCCCGGAUCCUGGACUGGACAAAGACGCAUACGUAUCCCUGGGUACCUGCAGGUACAACAUCCCCCGUGCCGCUAAGGGAGAGAAUUAUCCCCCAGAGGUCAGAGUCACUCCUUCCUCCCUGAUGUUCCCGAAGCAGCACACAGAGCUGGGAGUCCCCAACACCCUCAUCUGCUUCGUCAAUGACCUCCACCCGCCUGUGGUGGAAAUCACCUGGACCAGGAACGGGCAGCCGGUGGACGAGGGUGAGGUCAGCCAGACUCAGUACUACUCCAACAGCGACUUCAGCUUCCGCAUCUCCUCCUACCUGGACUUCACCCCGCAGGAGGGCGACAUCUACUCCUGCAGCGUGGACCACAUCAGCCUGCAGGCGCCGCUCACCAGGUUCUGGGAGCUUGCAGAGAACACAGACCACCAGGCUGCCGAGACAUCAGUGUGUGUUUGUGGUGUGAUCCUGGGUCUGAUUGGAGUUGUCACAGGACUGUGGCUCAUCGUGAAAUCCAACAAGUCUCACCGGCCGUAACACACGUCAAGACCAACACCUGAAGCCUUUGACGCCAGAUGUGUGAUUGUGUUUUUCUCUCGUUUCCUUCUCUUUUUCUUUUGGGAGAGAGACUCUGGUUUUUUUUAUCUCAACAAUGUUUAUACGGUUUCCACAUAUUUUUCUACUUCUGCAACAACACGGAAUUUAAACCCGCGGUAAAUCCCGAUCUGGAUCCACACCAAAAUAUAAUGGAUUGUUCUUUGGGUUCUCUUGGCAGAAAAAUGUCUCUUUUGUGUAAUCCUGCAAAAAAACAAACUAAUUAAAAUGAACACAUUUCAAGGGAAAAGAAAAACACAACCUUCUGUGGAUCAUAGCUUCGUGCUUCACUCAGGUUUGGUGAUGUUGUAGCUCAGUAACGUGUUCGUGGCUCGUGAUGAGCACGUCAAGCAAAUGAAGGAAACCUGAAACGAUCUGUUUGUGCUUCUGCUCGUCAACCGAAGACAUUAAAACA